AUGCGUUUGAGCUACAUCUUCGUUGUGGUAGCCACCAUUAUUACCAACUGUGACAUUGCGUCAGCUAGCCUUAGGGCAAUAAUGUCUGAUACGGCGUCAGGCAACGGCCUUGGUACCCGAAUACUAAGACAAACAAACGACAGUGACGAUUUGGAACCGAUCAGACACGCGAUGCUUGAUAUGGAGCUACUAGAGAAAAUCGCCAAGGAUCCAAAGUAUGCUGAGGAAGUAUUCGGUAACUGGCGGCAUAAUGGUCAGACAAAGGCAGAGAUGGAGAACCGACUUCAGUCCAAUGGUCUUCUGGGAAAAUAUCGAUUUAUCAUCGAUCGAUACGCUGAACAUUUAGCGAACUCGGAAUAA